UCUUAAAUUUGACUGUGCGGAAAAGGCUAUGAAAUGAAAUUUCGUGCGAAACUAGUUAUCAGGCUCCGGUGAGAGCAGUCAUGAGUUGGUCAGGUCAUGAGUCAUCAUCGACUCACCCUACCCUAGUAAGGAGAUGUUCAGUUAUGGCGGAAGAAGAUGAAGUAGGUCUGGUUGAUUUUGAGGAAAUCCCUGAUGUUUCGUACGACCCAAGAAGCGAACUGUCAUCUUUUCCCCCAGAAGAUGAACAUACAACGUCUGGUGGGAAUUUUUCGUUCCUUCAUUCCUCUGGAAGGACUUCAGACGAACAGCAAAGAACUGUUCCAGAUCUGAUACUCGCCGUCUACGUCGUGCACUUUGAUACAAGACGAGGAAAUGAAAUUGAAUGGAAACAUCCCAAAUCAGUGGAUCUAACUGGUGUGGAAUUCAAAGCUUUGGCUAGUGGUUCACAUACAAUAACAAGAGACUUUAUAUACUUCAAAACCAAAGAUGGUCUCUAUGGGUUGAGUUGUUUUGAGCGUAUAGCUGUUGAUAAUGUGGCUGAGAGAGGAGCUAGAAUGAAAUCAGUAGGGAUUCUUUGUGCAAAGUACACAUCUCUACAUGAACACAUGUCAUUCCUCGAAGAGGAAGUAAGGAGGCAGCUUGAAAACCCUGGACAUUAUGAGGAUCUUGAAAACUAUUACAAUUGCUAUAAGAACUGUGUGCUUAGAAAUAAUUACAUUCCAUCUCCAACUCAUGAGAAGGCUCCUGGACUGGAGGAGAUACCAGUGUUAAAGAUCACGCAUCCAGCUGGAUGUUUCCCUCAGUUUAUCAAGUUCUUUGGAGAGCAAAUUUUUGUUCUCUGGAAAUUUGUGUUGUUACAGAAACGUAUUUUAUUCUUUGCACCUCCCCCUGUUGGAGUGGCUUGCUAUAGAGUUUACAGUGCUUGUUUGUUGGCAAGUCAUGGGAUUCCAUUUGGUUUUGAAACUGGUAGCAACCCAUUAUUUUUUACAAAUGUUUGUGACUUGAGUGCACUACAUGAAGAACACAAAUAUAUUGCAUGUACUACAGAAAAGAUAUUUGAGAGCAAGUUAGAGGUGUAUGAUGUUUAUGUUGAUAACCAGAACAUCAAGUGCAAACCACACUUGAGUUGGAUCGCAAACUUUAAUAAUGCAGACAGGGAUAGGUUAGAAGAACUGGACUCUUUCAGGCAACAACAACUGUACACAGGAGGUGAAGUAACAGAUGAUGAAAAAAUGUAUACCAGGUUCUUUGUGAAUUUAAACAAUUCACUUUUCCAGAUGCUUUUCGAGGUCGCGUCUACUCAAGACAGAGUUUUAACACCAGACAUGAUCCGAAGCAUAGGACUUGAUCCAAAGGGAGAUCUUCGUUUUCUGUCGGAUUUGGUGGAACUGUAUGGAAUUAAUGUCUUGAUUCCAGAACCAAAAUGCUGCCCGUUUUACUCACCUCUGUAAUCACAGUUCUGUGUGCAGACCUCUUACUCCUCAGGGGGGUCUGGUGAGAAAACAUCCAGUAGCUGUACGUCACGACAUCGACAGCUUAGAACAAAUCUUCAGAAUAUGUUCUGCGCGUGCACUGUUCGCGACAAGAAACAAACGUGCUACGAUUGUCAGAUGCUUGCUUAAAGCAAAAUAUUCAAAUUAUUUCAUAGAUAUUGGAAUUUAUUUCUCAAAUAAUCGUAGUGUUAUCUACCUUCAAAGCCCCAAAAUUAGACUCUUUUAGAUGCGCAUUUCAGGGAUAAAAAUGCAUAGACUCCAUUCUUGAUUCAGGUAUGAAUCGUGAAUAUUUCUUAAUUGCGUACAAUAGUUUUUUGCCUAUCGAGCCGAGUUACAAAUUUCUGUACGCUGUAACACUUUAGUGGUGAGUAAUGGUUUUGGUUACAAAGGACGUACCUCUAAAAUAGAAUUUUCAAGGUCCACCUAAAGAUAAUUCAUCCCAGUCCAUAGGAAACAAAAAUUUUAGUAUGUCAUGUUUUAGUGGAAAUUUUUGAAAAUUCCAUAUAGAAAGAGACCAUAAAGUUUAUUAACCUUUUAACCCCUGAGAGUGACUGGCUUCUAAGUUCUCCUUUCAGCAUCACCCUUAAAUCAAAUGUUAAGGUCAAGAGAAUUAAGUAAAUGAUCACUAAUUUAAGAAACUCCUGAUUGUUAAACAAAUUCUCCUUGUCAGUACCAUAGCUCUUCCAAGAGUAAAGAGGUAAAUACUAGUGAUGUUGUGCAGGUGAAAAAGUAAAAAGAUAUGUAUGGAGUAACAAUACACGAUACGAUAUAAUAUGCACUUCGCCUAC